GGCCGGGAUGGGCGCAGAGGCAGCUCGGUGGGCAGGGAAAGGAGAGGCGCUGGGAAGCACCGGGCGAAGGUGGCGGCGCCAGAAACAGCCCACCAGCGCCCAACGAGGGAGUCCUACCUUGCCGGUAGUAGAGGCCGGUGACGGUGUUCCCGUAGACCCGCCAUGCCACCUGGAUGCCGAGCAAGCUCACUAGCAGCCAGAGCAAGAGGAGCUGGAAGAGGGCGGCCCGCAAGUCCUGGGCCUCCCAGUCCGACAUGAACUCCUGUCCGAGCCAGGUGAGAGCCCGCAGCGUCCGCGUCGGGACCUCCCACUCCGCGGGCCCAGCCUCCGCCAUCCAGCUCCGUCCUGCCCGGCGCCCGCGCGAUGGCGGGAACGACAAGGUUGAAACGCUGCGGCGUCUGGCAAAGGAGACGCACUGCGCCACAACCCUCGGGAAAACUGUCAGCGGGACCGCAUUGCGCGUGCGCCCGAGGGGAAGUUGUAGAUCCCGCCCCAUUUUCCUCUAACACUUUUUCAGAGCGAGUGUUUACUCGGACGUAAGUGCUGUUGCGCUCAGUGGGACAUUCUUCUUGGUGCGGGUGGAUAGGAUCGACCCCUUACAACUCGAUCCUAUCCGAGCUUCCCCGUAAGUAAGCCCCACCGAUUGCAAAGAAGACGUUCGGGCAGAAUGUGCAUAGGACUGGGCUGCACAACUUUCCCGAGAUUAUUAUUUAUUGUUGUUUAUUUACGGCCUUAGUAAGCCAUCAUCGUUCUGCCAGUGUGCACUCAGGCAGAAGGUCCGCAAUGAGGGAAGCUGUGACUCCGCCAAAGUGCUAUAUCAUCUUCUUAGGCGUAUUUACUUGAAAGAAAACUCACACUCCGAAUCAUUGCCCCUGCCAUUUCGAUGACAUUUCGAAACGUUUCUUAAAAUGCUCACAGUCAUUUUCAUGGCUAUUUUGGACGAUGCAUCCACACCACGUAGCGGCAACCCUGGAGAUCCUCUGUCAGUCAGUGUAGCCAGUACUGAGCUAGAUGGACUGCGUGACUAAAUCCCUCCUGAACGUAGCGACAGUCUGGAAGCGCCCUAACUCGGCGCCAGGCUAUUUCCUAUGUUCCUACCUUGUCGCCUUUCAAAAUAUGGUGGGAGUCCGAGCACCCCCUGCUAAAAACCUCCGCCCCUUCCCAUUCCAGCGACUGGAAAGCAAGCAGAUCUAGCCCGUUGAAAUUAAAGCACAAAGCAGCUACUGAGGACCCUCUUGCAGCAAGACUUCCUCCUCUAAUGCUGCGACUGCUGCAGGCGGCUAGAUUUGGCCCUGCCCCCGGCCCCACUUGAUUCAAGGGCUGCAGAAAUCUACCCAAAGUACUUUGAUUUCAGGCCAGGGCUACGCAGAAAAAAAGAGGAUAAUGAACGUGGGCAAUGGCAAUUCCAAAUACUGCCUUCAACUCCUACUCAAAGGAAUGCUGAAAAGGAAUGCAGCAGCCUCUCCGGUCCUCCCCGAUUCCGUGAAGGCCAUUGUUUUUCACUUUCACUUUCGUUCGGCUGCCUUAGGGUGGGGAGAAGCCCGCUUUUAAUGCGCUGGAGAGGAUACUCAGCAGAGUUGUCUUAACGGCUUCACCCUUGAGGCGACGGAGGCUUGCGAAGGACCGGAGCAGAAUGAGUGCCUUGGAGAGCCUUCCUGAGAUCAACAAGGAAUUGUAUUCUCGCCAGCUCUAUGUUCUGGGCUAUGAGGCCAUGCAGAAAAUGGCGACAACUGCUGUGCUGGUCUCUGGAAUGAAGGGCCUAGGGGUGGAGAUUGCAAAGAAUAUUGUCCUCGCAGGAGUGAAAUCGGUCACUGUCCAUGACCAGAAUGAUGCUCAGUGGAGUGACCUCUCCUCACAGUUCUAUCUUUCAGAGAAUGAUGUGGGGCAAAACCGCGCUCGGGUCUCCCAACGCCACCUUGAAGAAUUGAACAGCUAUGUCCCUGUGCAAGCCUAUACAGAGGGGCUGUCGGAGAGCUUCUUGUCUACUUUCCAGGUUGUGGUCCUGACCAACUCUCCCUUGGAGGAGCAGCUGCGAAUCAGUGAUUUCUGCCACACCAACAACAUUUGCUUUGUCCUAGCUGACACAAAGGGGCUUGCUGGACAACUGUUCUGUGACUUCGGAGAACACUUUGUGGUGUAUGAUCCUUCGGAGGGUGAACCUGCCUCUUCCACCAUUCACAACAUCACUCAGGGUAACCCUGGCAUAUUGACAGUGGCCUGUGACAAUGAGGAGAGACAAGGUCACCACUUUGAGGAUGGUGAUUGGGUGAUAUUCUCAGAGGUUGAGGGGAUGACUGAAUUGAAUGGCUCUGAGCCCCGCCCAAUCUGUUUGAAAGGAACACACAGCUUGGAAGUUGGAGAUACGUCUUCUUUUUCUCCCUACAAAUGUGGUGGGAUCUUCACCAAAGUCAAGAUGCCUCAAAAACACUCCUUUGUAUGUUCUUGUCUUUGGCUAGAGACUUCUGAGAGGAAAUCCCUACAUGCCUCUUUGGCUAAUCCUAAAAUCAAGACUCCAGUUAUAGGGCAACUACCCCGCUAUCGCUCUCUCCACAUGGCCUUCUGGGCACUUCACGUCUUCCAGAGCCAAAUGCAACGACUGCCUAGGCCCAGAGAUGAGGCAAAUGCAGAUAGGAUGGUGAAUCUGGCCCAGACCCUCUCUGUGGGUGAGGCGGAGCUACCACAAGAGGAUCUGGUGCGGACAUUUUCAUAUGGAUGUGCAGGUGACUUGAGCCCUAUCAAUGCUUUCAUCGGAGGCCUAGCUGCCCAAGAGGUGCUGAAGGCUGCCUCAGGAAAGUUCACUCCUUUGGACCAGUGGCUAUAUUUUGAUGCUUAUGAAUGCCUGCCUGAAGAGGAACACAUUUUGCAGCUGACUGAAGAAGACUGUGCUCCACGUGGCAGCCGCUAUGAUGGGCAGAUUGCCAUCUUUGGGGCUGACUUCCAGGAACGGCUUGGGAAGCAGAAAUACUUUCUGGUGGGAGCUGGUGCCAUUGGCUGUGAGCUCCUCAAGAAUUUUGCAAUGAUUGGCUUGGCUGCUAGCAAGGGAGGGAGCAUCACUGUGACGGACAUGGACACCAUUGAACAUUCCAACCUCAACAGGCAGUUCCUCUUUCGACCAUGGGAUGUGUGUAAGCAGAAGUCAGAAGUGGCAGCAACUGCCAUAAAACUCAUGAAUCCCACCAUCAAUGUGACAGCAGAACAGAAUCGGGUUGGGCCAGAUACGGAGAACUUCUAUGGGGAUGGCUUCUUCCUUGGCCUGGAUGGUGUAGUCAGUGCCCUGGACAGUCUGCAAGCCAGAGAAUACGUGUGCAAAAGGUGUGUGCAGUACCUCAAGCCUCUGCUGGAUUCCGGAACGGAAGGCACCAUGGGGCACGCGGAGGUCAUUGUGCCCUUUCUGACAGAGCCCUACGGCCCAGCUCAGGAUGCGGAAGAGACAGAGUACCCUCUCUGCACUCUGCGCCAUUUCCCCAGCACCAUCCAGCACACGCUACAGUGGGCCCGAAAUCAGUUUGAGGGUCUUUUCAAGACAACAGCAGAAAGUGUCAAUACAUUCCUGAAGGAUCCCAGCUUCCUAGAGAUCCAGGAAAUGAAGGCUUUGGAGAUGCUGGAGUUAGUGCAAACCAGCUUUCAGGGGAAGCCACACAAGUGGGAGGACUGUGUGGUCUGGGCCCGGAGACUUUGGGAGCGCCUUUUCUCCCAUGAUAUCCAGCAGCUGUUGCACAACUUCCCACCUGAACACGAGACAAGCUCUGGACUUCCUUUCUGGUCAGGGCCCAAGCGAUGCCCACGGCAGCUGAAUUUUGACUGUAGUAAUAAUACCCAUAUGACCUUCAUUUUGGCUGCCAGUCACCUCUUUGCCCAGACACACAGGCUCCAUGUGAGUGAGGACAACGCUGCCGCUUUCGAAGUCCUCCGUGGCUUGUAUCUACCGCCUUUCCAGCCGCGUCAGGGAGUGCAUAUUCCCCUCACUGACCAAGAGAUGCAGAAUCCACGAGGCACUGUUGAUGAGACGAGGGUGGGAGAGCUGAAGAAGGAACUGGCCAAGCUGAGACAAGAGCUGGAAGAGCAAGGUGCCCUCGUGUCUGAUGAUAUGGAGGCCAUGCAUUUUGAGAAGGAUAAUGACACUCACUUGGACUUCAUAAUGACGGCAGCCAAUCUGCGAGCUGAGAACUAUGGCAUCCCUCCUGCUGAUAAACUCCAGGCCAAGAGGAUUGUGGGCAGAAUCCUGCCUGCCAUUGUCACAACAACAGGAGCCAUAGCUGGCCUGGUGUGCUUGGAGCUUUACAAGCUGGUGUGGCAACACGGGCGUCUCAGCUCCUUUCGCAGCAACUUCCUGCGGCUCUCGGAGCCCCUGGUCAAUCGCUCCCAGCCCCCAUCCUCUCCGCAAACAUACAAGUAUCACCAGAAGACAUGGAACUGCUGGGAUAGAAUUGAGGUGCCUGGUAUCAAUGCAGAGGGAAGCGAGAUAACCUUGAGACAUCUCUGCAAUCAUAUUGAGAGGGAGCAUUGCUUGGUGCUGCAGAUGCUCCUAUAUGGUACGGCUCUUCUCUAUACUGAAUCCUUGGAAGAAGAGGAAAAAGAGCUGCGACUUUCCAGCAGGCUGACGAAACUGGUUUGCUUUGCCACUGGAGCAGCUAUAUCCAAGGAAUGCCACUUCUUGGUGUUGUCGAUGGUCUGUGAAGAUGAAGAGGACAAUAGUAAUUUGCCACCUGUUCAUGUCUGGCUCCAACCAAUGAGGAGUAAAAAAUGAGCUCUUUGUGUGUGUAUGUGUAAUAUGCAAGAUGGGUAUAGUAUCCAUAAACCAGCUAUAAUGCAUUGACUGUGGCUGACUUAAAUUCUGUUUAAAGGAGUGAUUCACUGCCUCAUGAAGAAGAUAUUGUGUCCCCUCUUGCUCUUGAGGCCUGAGGAUUAAUUAGGUGUGAGUUUGUUCAGAAAGUGUAACCCACAAGGGCUGUGUGGGUGUGGGGGUGUUUGCUACAUUUUGAAAAGCUCCCUGAGUCUAACCAUUUAUUCCCUUCCCAAUAUAACCAUUAAAAGUUUGACAACAAUAAAGUUGUAAUAUAGGGAUUGGAAGACCUCAGGCCAAAUGUGCACCCCACCCAGGCUUUUCUGUAUGGCCUGCUGCCUACAGCACCACCUCUCCUCAGGAUACACCUCUCAUAAUGUGUGUGUGUGUAGAACCUCCUUGAUUUUUGUGUGGCUGGAAUGCCAGUCAGAGUAGAUAAUACCAGGGCCAGAUGCACCAGUGUUUGAAUAAGGGAGCUUCAUAUUCCAUAAUAUUUUGAACAACUGUAAUGGGAAGGGGGCAGUCAGGAUGCCCUGAAAUGUUUGAAAGGCACUGGAUAAUACUGGGGUGUGAGAUGCUGGUUCAAAUGUCCUCUUUACCUAUUGGACAGUCUCACCCAGGUCAUUUUCCUUUUACUCACAGUAAAAUGGGCCCAUUGUGAGGAUAAAUGAGAGACUGUAAAACACUCCAGCAUGCAAAAUAAAGUGGAACAUAGAAAGCUGUCAUUGGUCUUUUUACUCAGCAUUGUCUACUCCAGGAAUCACCAA